UCCGUGUAUUGCAAGUCUUUCUUUGUUAAUAUAUAUUAAAUUGGAGAAAUUUAGUUAUAAUCACAUAGUAAUCGUAUAGUAAAUAAACUCUAUUUAUUAAUAAAAAGUUUUAAUUUUAAAAAAUAAAUGAAAUUCAACGGCAACAUAUGUACAAAGCGGCACUAAGUGCCGUACAAAAAAUUCGUGAAAUUUGUAUUAUAUUUUUUAAUUCAUCAUUAAUUACUUUCUGCGAGGUACACACACAAACACAGGCUACAAGUUGAUUUCGAUGCUAUCUUCUAUAAACAAUUCCUUUGAACAAGAUACACAUGAUGUGGACGGAAACUGUGAUGGACCCGAUUUAGAUUUUAUCUAUGCAGACGUUGACACUUAUCAAAAUGAAAUAUCAGAAUUGUAUAGUUACACUGAAUUCCAUGAGUUCCAACAAAAUGUUAAGGCCUUCGAGGACCAAAUGGAAAUGUAUGACUUGCCUCCAAACUGGCAGAAGCAAAAUGCGGCAUCGCAACGUAGCAUUAUUAUGAAAUUAAUAGAUCAAUUGGAGGUAUCCAAUCGUAAUUUUCGUAUGCAGGCAGCUCGUUGUUUACUUUAUUUGGCGCAAGGCUGCUGGGCAGAAGUGCAGUCAGAUGAAGAGCAAAUGCAAAUUACUAGAGAUAAUGUUAUUGUGCUGUACAAUUUGGGCGUAUUCUCAUCGUUUAUAGAGCUACUUAAUAUGGAAAUAGAAAGCGCCUGUUCACCAGACAUUGUUGCCGUUAAAAUCACUAACGUAACACUUGUAGAUUCUACAGAUUUACGUGUUAUAUUAUCUGUACUAUAUAUAAUAACUGAAACAAUACGCGAGGAGCGUGAAAAAGGCAGUGAAGACUAUAAAGAUAUUGCAGAAUCAUUUAUACAAGAACUUAAUAGUCCAUUGCCAGAUGGAGAAUUGAUGGCUGUUAAACUACUGGGCAUGAUAACACGGUUUUGUAGCGGUGCAGCACCACAUUUUCCUAUGAAAAAAGUUGUAUUGCUGUUGUGGAAGAUUACAUUGCUUGGAUUAGGCGGUAUGGAAUUGUUAAAGAAUUUAAAAAAUGAUUAUCGCGUGAAAGUAGGCUUGGAACCAAUUACUGAAGAUACAUUGGAAGUAACGAAAUAUAUGCGUGCAAGUUCGCCACCUGCUACUGCAACUGACAUCUUGGAUAACCAAAAUCCAAAACGGUUUAAGCGUUCUUUAAUGAAACAGCGAUUUCUAGAUGAACAGGAACAAAUGGAUAUGGAGUUAACGCCAGGUAAUGAGAGUGCGCCAUCUACUAGUAAUGGCGGCAACGGCGGCAAUAAUGUUAACGGUGCAGAUGAAGAUUUAUCACAAUACUACCGACCGUUUGAAGAUCCGUCAACAACAGCUACAGAAAAUCCCAAUAAUCCAGCAAAUUGCUCUCAACCGACACCGACACAACCGGUGCAACUAACAACACGUCUACCAUGGACACCUAAAGUUCGGCAAAAGGAUAUUGAUCAGUUUUUAGAUAUAUCACGAAAUAAAUUCAUUGGUUAUUCGCUUAUUGAUGAUCACGAAAGCUUAGCUGGCCUACCACAACCAAUACAUGAAGGCGUGAAAACUUUAAGAAGGCACAUGUACAUAAGCUUAGCAGACGUACAGAUUAAAAAAGAGGAAGAUAUUGCACGUAAUCCCAUAUCUACACAAGAAACCGAAAUACCUUCGACACCAGCAGAAAUUCUUUAUCAAUCAAUUUUACCCAAUCUACCACAAUACAUGAUUGCCCUGCUUAAAGUUCUGUUAGCCGCGUCACCAACCUCAAAAUCGAAAACGGAAAGCAUUAACAUAAUGGCUGAUGUACUGCCAAAAAAGAUGCCUAUUACUGCAACACAAUCCACUAAGUUAACCAUGGAUAUGGGACGGCACAAAGAAAUCAUUGUUAAAGCUGUAUCGGCUAUUAUUCUAUUAUAUUUGAAGCACUUUAAAAUAAAUCAUGUGUAUCAGUUCGAAUUCAUGUCACAACAUCUAGUCUUCGCCAAUUGCAUACCAUUGGUGUUAAAAUUCUUUAAUCAAAAUAUAACAGAAUACGUGGGGAUGCAAAACUCUAUUCCUUUAUUAGAUUUUCCUUCCUGUGUGAUCGGAGAACAACCCGAUUCGUCAGGUGAAAGUUUUGUGUCAGUGUCUGAUAAACCCUACUCAUGGCGGAACGUGUUUUCGUGCAUAAAUCUUUUAAGAAUAUUAAAUAAGCUAAUUAAAUGGAAGCACUCCCGUGUAAUGAUGCUGGUGGUAUUUAAAUCUGCACCAAUAUUGAAAAAAACGCUGAAAGUACGUCAUGCGAUGAUGCAGCUCUACGUUUUAAAGUUAUUAAAAAUGCAAACUAAAUAUUUGGGCCGACAGUGGCGUAAGUCGAAUAUGAAAACUAUGAGUGCCAUUUAUGCAAAAGUACGUCACCGUUUAAAUGAUGAUUGGGCAUUCGGAAAUGAUUUGGAGUCCAGACCGUGGGAUUUUCAAGCGGAAGAGUGUACAUUGCGUGCUUGUGUGGAUCGUUUCAAUUUACGACGCUAUCCAGAAGAUACGCAAAAAUGUGGUGCAGGUGGAAAUAAUGGUGGCAACUCGGCUAAUUCAGAUAAUUCAUCUGGAAAUACAGGCGCAAAUAUGGGUGCGGAAGGUAAUGGUUUCGCCGCAAAUAAUGCUGCCAAUAGCGCAAACGGACAUGCACAACUUACUGAGUACGGAGUUGAGAGUGGCUUUCCCAGCGAUGAGAUUCUAACACACUCGGACUUUGCUUUCUUUGGUCAUUCGGGUUGGUGGGAUCGUAAAGUAGAAUUAACAGAUUACUUUAAAGCAAACUAUUCAAUGUGGCUAGAGGAUGAAGUAUAUAAUAAUCAAACAGAUUGGGACGCACUCUAAAACUAAGAUAAUAUUAAUCGUAUUGCAACAAAUUAAACGCUUAACUUUUAUGCUCGUGGGGAUCUGCUUGCAAAAUACCUUUGGGAGACCCGGCCGUUCUUGCAACUGAAAUCUUUAAAUCUUAUUGUUGAAAAUGAAGCCAAUUAUUACAAUCUUAAUA